AAAUUCUUCACUUGGGUCAUCUCUCUUCUCUUCUCUUCUCUUGCGGCCAUUCCGUUCUUCGAUCCAUAUAUCAAAGAACUUCAGCUUGCUUAAGGUUUUCAAUGGGGGACAGUCAGUACUCGUUUUCUCUCACCACCUUCAGCCCAUCAGGGAAGCUGGUUCAGAUAGAACAUGCCCUAACAGCUGUUGGAUCAGGCCAAACAUCUUUGGGAAUUAAAGCUUCAAAUGGAGUUGUCAUUGCAACAGAAAAGAAACUUCCUUCUAUAUUGGUUGAUGAAGCGUCUGUUCAAAAGAUUCAGCAUUUGACUCCCAACAUUGGAACUGUUUACAGUGGUAUGGGUCCUGAUUUCCGAGUUCUUGUGCGAAAGAGUAGAAAGCAGGCUGAGCAAUAUCUCCGAUUGUACAAGGAACCCAUCCCCGUUACUCAACUUGUAAGGGAAACUGCCACAGUGAUGCAAGAGUUCACUCAAUCGGGUGGUGUUAGGCCGUUUGGAGUUUCUCUACUGGUGGCUGGGUAUGAUGACAAGGGUCCACAACUGUAUCAAGUGGAUCCAUCUGGCUCUUAUUUCUCAUGGAAAGCUUCUGCAAUGGGAAAGAAUGUUUCGAAUGCAAAGACGUUUCUUGAGAAGAGGUACACAGAAGAUAUGGAACUUGAUGAUGCCAUUCACACGGCAAUAUUGACAUUGAAGGAAGGUUUCGAGGGAGAAAUCUCGAGCAAAAACAUCGAGAUUGGCAAAAUCGGUGCUGACAAAGUUUUCAGGGUGCUAACACCAGCAGAAAUCGAUGAUUACUUGGCUGAAGUCGAGUAAACUUUGACCUAACCGUGCAACCAACCGGAUUUGAAUCUCAAUAUACUCUCAGAGUUGAUGGUUCUUGCUUUUGUAGAACUUUUGGAAUUUGUUAAGACUUAACCGUGACCCAAUAAUUUAGAAUCUGUUUU